AUGUCAUGCGUGAAUCGCUCAGCGUGUUUCCAAGUGAUCGGUAAUUUCUCUCCGAUUCUCCAAAUGGCCGAUCAAAAUGUGACCGAGGAAGAGCUGAAAAGACAAAGGAAACAAGAAUUGAGAUUAUGCACCGAUCCGCUGAGAAAACUUCAACUUGCCCUCUUGCUUCGCGGCUCGACGGGAAUCAAGGAGUUUUCAAGAAGUUUUCGUAUCAUGGACGAUGAUGGGAAUAAACAGCUGACACGGGAUGAGUUCAAUAAAGGAAUGCACGAUUGUCAGGUGCCGUUGAGCUUGGAGGAAUGUGCGAGCCUUUUCACCCAAGUCGAUACAAACAAGUCGGGAUCGGUCAAUUUCGACGAGUUCUUGUUUAUGUUGAGGCCUCCAAUGUCCGAAACGAGACGCAAACUGAUCGAUCUGGCUUUCGGGAAAAUGGACAAGUCAAAGGAUGGCUUUAUUACAGCCGCCGAUAUGAAGGGUGUAUUCAACGCUCGGAAACACCCGAAAUUCCUGUCCGGUGAGAAGACUGAGGAACAAAUAUUCAACAUGUAUUUGGCUCAUUUCGAGAUUGGAGGACAUCAAGAUGGGAAAGUGACGAAAGAGGAAUUUUUCAACUACUACAACGCGAUUUCCGCCUCGAUUGACAAUGAUUGCUAUUUCGAUUUGAUGAUGAGAAACGCGUGGAAAAUU